CCACCAUUUUUAUACCCCUUGUGUGCUUAUUUUCUCUCACUACAGAGCCAGCCAUGAAAAUUUCUUGACCAGCUUCAAUCACAUAAAUACUACCACACUACUCAAAUUUAAGGCUUUGUUUGAUACGAGGGUCCUUGAAUUGGUCACCAUGGUGUCAAUUGAAGAUUCUCGCUCUCACUCGCACUCCAACCCCAACAUUACUGCUAGCUACCCCCAAACGCGCCCUUACUACUACUAUACUCCGCCACCCUCCUCCGCCAAGAUCAGCCGCUCCAUGGGAAGGUCCAUGCGCACUAUUCGCUCCAACAUAUUCAACACCAACCACUCCGGUCCUAUCCGCGACAGAUCGCCUAAUGUCUCCGAGAAUCUCACCGACUCAGUUAUCGACCUCCGACUCGGCGAACUCGCCAAUAAAUCAUCUAGUAAUUCCAAAAGCCCGUCUUCCUCUGACAUCGACGAUAUUUUGGACAUCUCCCGAGCAUUCAGUGAUUUCUCGGCGUGCUCCAGCGACAUUUCCGGGGAGCUCCAGCGUCUCGCCAGUCUGCCCGACCCCGGACCGGAUGAGGGCCCCAGCUGCCAGCCCGAGCCUGAACCUUGUUCUGGCUUUUUACAGAGAGAGACGUUUUCUACUGAGAUUAUUGAGAGCAUCUCGCCUGAAGACCUUCAGCCUACAGUGAAACUCUGUGUGGAUGGGUUGCAAUCGUCAUCAGUUGCAGUGAAACGGUCGGCAGCGGCUAAGUUGCGGUUGUUGGCUAAAAAUCGGGCUGAUAAUCGGGCCUUGAUCGGAGAAUCCGGUGCGGUACCGGCCCUGAUUCCACUUCUUCGUUGCUCUGACCCUAUGACGCAGGAGCACGCAGUAACAGCUUUGCUUAAUCUCUCCCUCCAUGAAACCAACAAAAGCGUGAUAACGAACGCCGGCGCUAUCAAAUCCUUAAUCUAUGUCUUAAAAACAGGCACCGAGACUUCAAAGCAGAACGCCGCCUGCGCGUUGCUAAGCUUGGCUUUGGUUGACGAUUACAAACUGUCGAUUGGGGCUUGCGGAGCGAUACCUCCUUUGGUUGCGUUGCUGAUAAACGGGUCUAAUAGAGGGAAAAAGGACGCGCUCACGACGCUUUAUAAGUUGUGCUCGGUGAGAUUGAAUAAAGAGAGAGCUGUGAGUGCGGGUGCAGUGAGGCCGCUAGUGGGUCUUGUGGCCGAGCAAGGCACUGGAUUGGCGGAGAAGGCAAUGGUGGUCUUGAGUAGCUUGGCUGGGAUUGAGAUGGGUCGGGAGACUAUCAUUGAGGAAGGCGGCCUUGCGGCUUUGGUAGAAGCAAUUGAAGAUGGGAGUGACAAAGGGAAGGAGUUUGCAGUCUUGACUCUGUUGCAGUUGUGUGCGGAGAGUGUUAGGAACAGAGGAUUGCUUGUGAGGGAAGGGGGGAUUCCACCAUUGGUGGCGCUGUCGCAGACUGGAACGUCGAAAGCUAAGCAUAAGGCUGAAACACUUCUUGGGUACUUGAGAGAACCAAGACAAGAAGCUUCUUCUUCAAGUCCGUGAAGGGGGAAGUUCUGAUGCCUCUGGCCCGGCGAUUUGUUUCUAUGCUGCUGAUAUCUUUAAUAUGGACUCGUUAGCUGGCCGAGCGGGCAGUAUUUUGUCGAUAGCUUUCACCUGACUAGUUCAGCUUAGAUGUCUGAUCCAUUGACCUGCAGUGCUGUUUGUUUAACAUUCUACGAGUUAAGGAUCAUCUGGAGUAGGAUUAAAACAUAAGCAUGGGUGUUGGGACCCUUGACUCCUUGGUCUUCGGUGUAAAGUUGAUCCACCCACAAUGCAAUGGGCCUACCAACUUGCCAUGUACACAUUUCACCAUGAUAGAGCCAGCCAGCCAUCCACCAAACCCACAGCAGAUUAAGUAGUUUGGUAAAAAUGGAUCGUUCCUGCUCUUUAUUUCUCUAUUCUCUCUGCCUUUGUCUUGUAAUUAUUGCCUUAGCUGGCAGAUCAGGUAUAUUUUGUGGGUGAUCUAAAAAGAUUCAAACCGCGCUAA